AUGCCGUUUCCCGUUCCUCCCUGUCGUUCGAUACCCCCCUCCAACUACCAUCCCCCAUCCUCCAUCCUCCAUCCUCCAUCCCCUGUCCUCUAUCCCCCAUCCCCCAUCCUCCAUCCCCCAUCCCAUAUCUGCCUUCCCCCAUCCGCCUUCCCCCAUCCCCCAUCCGCCUUCCUCCAUCCCCCAUUCGCCUUCCCUCAUCCCCCAUCCCCCAUCCGCCUUCCCCCACCCCCCUUCCCAAUCCCCCCAUUCUCUUGCAGUGACAGUCGGGUGCAGUGCAACAAGGUGCAGCAGCAGGGCGGUGGUGGCAGCGGUGAUGGUGGCGGCGGUGGCGGUGGUGGUGCUGGUGGUUCUGGUGGGGCUCAUGGAGGGAAGAAGAAGAGGCGGGGGCGAAGGAGGGGAGAGGGACAGGCAACGGCAGAGUGCGCUACAGAUGCAGGGGCAGAGGGUGGUGCAGCAGAGGGCGUGGCAGGGGUAGAGGGUGGUGCAGAGGGAAAGUCUUGGGUUGCUGCCGUUGCAGAAGUAGAGGAAAUAGGGGAGGAGAAGAUUGGGGGGGAGCAGAUAGCGAGAGAGCAGGCGAUAGAAGCGCAGACAGAGGGGGUGUCAUUUGUGGUGGCGGAGGAGGGAGCAUGGUAG